AUGGUUGGGGACCAAAGUAAAGAGGGGAUCGGACAAGAGGGAGGUCUCAGGGCAGAGGGGGAGUCCCUAAGCCCAGGACAGAGGGGGAACUAAGGCAAAAGGGGGGGAGGUCCCAGGCAAAGGGGGGUCCUAACCCCAGACAGAGGGAUCCAGGGACAGAGGGGGGAUCUAGGGCAAAGGGGGGGGUCCCAGGGCAAAGGGGGGUCCCUAACCCCAGACAGAGGGGGGAUCUAG